AUGAACGAAUUAAAUGAAGACGAUGGGCUUGUACCCACAGGUGACUGUCAACCAUCAGAUCUCCCUCUUGCAACAAACAUACCAGUACGUCUCGAACAACCAAUAGAAAUCAAUAGACAUAUUAAUGAACCUUUGAAUACGAAUAAAUUGCAAAUUCCAUUCUAUCCAGAAAUUCAAAGUCAAUAUGAAACUAUUAAUUAUGUUUCAUAUGAUCAUGGAAUAAAUUUUGUACGAAGAAAUUCUUCUAACUACAGUAUUCAUGAUAGUCAGAUUCAACGCUCGUCAUUCGAAGCAAAAGAUCAAAACUCAAUAAACUCCUUUAAGAAUUCAAUUGAUGGCCUUUUUCUUUUACCAAUUACUGACAAUUCUGAACAAAGUUUUCAUCUUCCAAUAAUUCACAUUGGCAAACGACCAAUUUCAACUGUGAGCAAUAAUGAGAUCAUUCAAAGAACUAAAAGACAUCGAACAUCUAUAUCAUAG